UCACAGGUCACAGGUCAUAGGUCAUCUUAACCUUUGGUUUCGGGUGUCUUGUACAUGGGUUUUAAAUAAUGCUCAAUAGAAAAAAAGUAAUAGUAAGCAUGUCUGAUAGUUUGCAAAGUUAAUGACUUAUUGUGUUCUGUCAUAGCUUUCAUUUUUAAGCAGCUAUGCACAAGAUUGUUACAAAUGUGUUAAUACUGGCUUGAAAUAUUAAAUAAGCAUCAUUGUAAAACGUCCAUCAACCACACUGCAUCUGGAGUCGACGCAGAAAGUCACGUAUGUUCAACAGUUAUGCCAAUUAAACAGGCAUCUUACACAUAUAAAGGGUGUGGGGGGUGUACUGGAAAAGUGUUGCCUUUUUAUCCUGAUUGGCUGAGACAAAUCUUGGCUUCUUUUCCAGGAAAUUCAAACACUUCAGCCAGUAAAGCACUACUUUGACACAACUCUGUAGCUGCAGAAGCGUAGCAUAUGAACUAUCUGGUAUCAGGUGAAAACCUUCAGAAAAGAGUUUUUUUUUUCUCUACGGACACAAGGGUCACUGUCCUCUGAUUGGCUCGGACACCCUCCUGUGACAUGCCCGUGGCCAAUCAGAGGUGUCUCAUGGCGGGGGAUGUAGAGGUGUACCUGUCCCAGGUGCAUGAUGGGAGCGUAUCCUCAGGCUUCCGAGCCCUAUACGAGGAGCGCCUUCUGCUAGAUGUGACGCUCCUCAUUGAGGAGCACCACUUCCAAGCGCACAAGGCACUGCUGGCCACGCAGAGCGACUACUUCCGGGUCAUGUUCACUGCCGACAUGCGGGAGCGGGACCAGGACAAGAUCCACAUGAAGGGCCUGACGGCGGCCGGCUUUGGCCACGUCCUGCGCUUCAUGUACUACGGCUCUCUGGAGCUCAGCAUGCCCACGGUGCAGGAGAUCCUGCAGGCGGCGAUGUACGUGCAGCUCACGGAGGCCGUGGAAUUCUGUUGCUCUUUCCUGCUGGCCAAGAUCUGCCUGGAGAACUGCGCUGAGGUCAUGCGGCUGCUGGAUGACUUCAGCGUGGGCGUGGAGGGCGUCCAGGAGCAGCUGGACGCCUUCCUGCUGGAGAACUUCGUGCCGCUGAUGGCGCGGCCGGACUUCCUGUCCUACCUGAACCUGGAGAAGCUGGUGGCGUACCUGGGCAGCGACCGGCUGAGCCGCUUCGCUGAGCUGGAGCUCUAUGAGGCUGUGCAGGCCUGGCUCCGGCACGACCGUCGCCGCUGGCGGCACACAGACGCUGUGGUGCAGAACCUCCGCUUCUGUCUCAUGACGCCCACGCAGGUGUUCGAGAAGGUGAAGACGUCCGAGUUUUACCGCUACUCCCGCCAGCUGAGGCAGGAGGUGGACCAGGCGCUGAACUACUUCCACUCAGUGAAUGAGCAGCCGCUGGUGGAGAACAAGUCCACGCGCAUCCGCUCGGUUCGCCCGCAGACGGCCGUGUUCCGGGGCAUGAUUGGCCACAGCAUGGUGAACAGCAAGAUCCUCCUCCUCCACCGGCCCAAGGUGUGGUGGGAGCUGGAGGGCCCGCAGGUGCCCCUUCGCCCCGACUGCUUGGCUAUCGUCAACAACUUCGCUUUCCUGUUGGGCGGCGAGGAGCUGGGCCCAGACGGGGAGUUCCACGCCUCGUCCAAGGUCUACCGCUACGACCCCAGACAGAACUCCUGGCUCCGUAUGGCGGACAUGUCCGUGCCGCGCUCCGAGUUCGCCGUCGGCGUCAUCGGGAAGUUCAUCUAUGCGGUGGCGGGCCGCACGAGGGACGAGACGUUUUACUCCACGGAGCGGUACGACAUCGCCGAAGACAAGUGGGAGUUCGUGGACCCGUACCCGGUCAACAAGUACGGGCACGAGGGCACGGUGCUGAACGGCAAGCUCUACAUCACCGGCGGCAUCACUUCCUCUUCCACCUCCAAGCAGGUGUGCGUGUUCGACCCGGAGCGGGAGGGGCCGUCGGAGCAGCGCCCGCGCCGGACGCCCGUGCUCACCAGCUGCUGGGAGAACAAGUCCAAGAUGAACUACGCUCGCUGCUUCCACAAGAUGAUCUCUCACAACGGGAAGCUGUACGUCUUCGGCGGGGUGUGCGUGAUCCUGCGCGCCUCCUUCGAGUCGCAGGGCUGCCCGUCCACGGAGAUGUACAACCCCGAAACGGACGAGUGGACCAUCCUAGCCUCCAUGCCCAUCGGGCGCAGCGGCCACGGCGUGGCUGUGCUGGACAAACAGAUCAUGGUGCUGGGGGGCUUGUGUUACAACGGACAUUACAGCGACUCUAUCCUCACCUUUGACCCUGAGGAGAACAAGUGGAAGGAGGACGAGUAUCCCAGGAUGCCUUGCAAACUGGACGGGCUGCAGGUGUGCAGUCUGCACUUCCCAGAGUACGUUCUGGAACACGUCAGACGCUGCAGCUGAGGGUGUCUCUUUAUCUCUGAGAAGAUGGAAAAGGAAAAAAAAAAGAAAAAAGGUUUACACAUGUGAAAAAUACUGAUAAUGCUUUUAAAACAGUAGGCCAGUGCUUAUCUAGGAGGCAGAAACCAUACCAGGUUUGGGGCAGGUCACUGCUGGUGGUAAAUACACAACCCCCCACCCCCCAACUACCUAUAUCAUUUGAUGGGGACAUAGAGAUAAAUACUAAAUGUUCCCAUAGUUCCCAUUUGCGCAAAACUUAUUCCGUUCUGUUGUCAUGCCAACCUGGAGAGCCGGAGCAUAUCCCCUCCACACCUCUGUACGUUCACACUCGUUCCCUUUUAUUCUGUUUAAUAGUGUUUUGAGGUAUAAUGUUGGCUAUGUGCACACCCACUGACACAUGAACACACACACGCGUGCGCGUAAUUUUAAUGCAACCUGCUGCACUUAUGAGCAACUGGACAAGAUUAACAAUACUGUAGAUUAUCAGUUCCAUGAAGAUGAGAAACAACUCGGCUUAUCCCUCCAGCCCCUGCGUUCUCCAUGUGUUGGUGUUGGCAAUGUGGGGACACAGAGUGAUGCUGGCGAAUGUUGCACUGUAAGGGGCGUGUCUCACUGCACCGCAGUGACACUGCCCCUCCCACUGCUGAUGAUGUAAGAGACGAUUCUAUCCUUCCUUCCCCAGUAUCUCUCUCUGUGUGUGUACUGUAAUGCUCUUUAAUUUAUUAAACUGGUGCAGACUCCGCUCGAUCCGCCAGUACAAACCAGCUGCUCCUGUGUUUUAUUUUUGCCCCAUGAGCUAAAGGGCUAAAGCACAUUAUGCUUCUUUGGGUUGUUUGUUUGUCAUCCCCAACUUUUUUGUGGGCAAGCUGAUGCCAAAUAAAAAAUAAACAAAAACAAACAAAAAAACGUUAAAGGCACAUAACAUGCAGGAUCUAUCGUUUUACUAAUGACGGUUUAUAAUUAUAUAAUGAUUAUAAUUUAGUAGUCGUUUCUAAAGUAUGCACAUGAAGUUAUAGGUGGUGAGUGAACACAUUUAGGCUUGAAAUAAAACCAAUAAGAUCUACGAGAUUGUCAAAAACUAGACUUAAUGCUCAAGAAUCUUUUAGUUCAGUCCUGUUUGUGUCUAAAAUGGUUUCUUGAGCUUCAGAAAUCUUACCACAACUCACGUCCUAAACUUUCACCAGGGAGUGCAGGCUCGGGUUUACCUCUCACCAGCACUCACAAGCCACAACUCACAACUGCAUCUAUGUAGCUGAUCUCGGGUAUUAGACAUCGUCCUUCAAAACAAGGCCAUUGUGAGCGAGCUCAUAAAUUAUUUUGUUUGGAAACACCCUUUGAAGUUGUACUAAAGUUGAUGCUCAUUCAAUGUUUUAAUUGAGUUGUUUUUUUUUAAAGCAUUUUUUUCUGCUAUGGUUCUAGCCCCGCUCCCUUUUUGAUAAUUUGCCUGCGUAGUGAUUGUACGGGAUGGGUUGGAGGUUCCUCAGAAGCUGACUCAUAACCUCACGUCUGUGUCUUGCUGUCAUGUGUGUUUUGUUGCCCCGCGUCGCCCCGUCACUGCCCUGUGCAAACAGGUACCACACUAGUCUCUGAAAGGUUUUGUACCGUGUGGAUUAAGGUAUACUAAUUACAGGUAUAUCAGAAUUAGAUUUCUAACCUUGUCACAUUUAUCCCUCUGCAGAAUAAAACGAAUAAUCAUGUUUAAUAAACCGUACCCCUAUAUCAUAAUAGUACUUGAGAGUAAUCAGAUUGCUAACAUAUUUACCGUGAUCUGAUGGUUUACUGCUAUUUGGAGACUUUGUAAUUCCUUUCCUUAAAUAAAUGUUCUUAUUGUUCA